AUGUCCUUAAAUUAUGAGGACCAAAAUUACAAGGCCGCAAUACCAUCAAAAUUACAAGAACAAAAAUGUCCUCAAUUCCUUAAAUUUACAAGAACAACAAUAUCAAAAUUGCAAGGACAAAAAUAUCCUCAAAUUAUAAAGACAGCAAUAUCAUUAAAAUUACAAGGACAAAAAUGUCCUCAAAUUAUAAGGACAGCAAUAUCAUCAAAAUUACAAGGACAAAAAUGUUCUCAAAUUUACAAGGACAAAGACAAUAAUGUCCUCGAAAUUAUGAGGACAGCAAUAUCAUCAAAAUUACAAGUACAAAAAUAUCCUUAA